CAGUAGGUGGCGGCCAUUAAACCAAAAGAAGAAGAAGACGCAUUCGGAGUGUUGUCUUCCGGUUUUCAAACAUGGCGCAGGGUUCACAGAAGUUUAAAGCUCAACGUCCCGGAACCACGAAGAAACACCAACAGAACAAACAGAAGGGCCCAAAGAAAGGAGGGAGGAUCAUUGCACCCAAGAAGGUUCAAGUGAUUCAGCAACAAAAGUUGAAAAAGGGCCUGGAAAUUGCCAUCAGAAACAAGAUUGAGCAGGACGUGACCCAGAAGGCGAGCUCAUCCCUUCACAAGCCACUGAGCGUGGUCAAAGGUUCUGAGGGCAAAGCAAAGCCAGGAAGCAGCUCCAAAUGAGGUUGCCACGCCGCACCUCAGUGUGGAAGUACAAUGGAUGUUCGCGAUGUACACUGAUGGUUGAGUCAUCUUUGGUUGGACUCUUUUACUGGUGACAUGCUAAAAGAAUGCUAGAAGAUGGAAGAGAGUGCAGCAUAUUGUAACAAUUUUAGUAACGAUCAGUUUACUAGGAUAAAUGUGAUUUUAUUGCCACCUAGUGGUGAACCCGGAUCAGGAUACACCUGCAAGACACAGCCACAUGAAUUGUUCAUUGUGUUAAGUCACCAUCAAGGAAAUAAAGUACUUUUUAUAUGGAAAAAUUAAAAUGUACUUGAACACAGUUCACUAUUUUUCCGUAUUAUUAGUAUUGUCAAGUAUAAGUGUCAGUAAUCUACAGCUUUAUUAUUAUUUUUAUUAACCCUGUGCACUAAUGUACAGCUCUAAAAAUCAUAUUCAACGCAGUUCAGUAAAGAGCGUUGCAUGAGCGCGUGUGUACCCCGCCUUGCGCCCGAAGACAGCUGGGAUAGUGGGGUAGGCUCCAGCAUGCCUGUGACCCUUGUGAGGAUAAGCGGUAUAGAAAAUGGAUUGAUAUGUGUGUGUGUAUAUAUAUAUACAUAUAUGCACUGUAAAAUAAUUUCCUGUAAAUUUACAGUAAUUUACUGGCAGCACGAUGCCAGUAAAUUACUGUAAUAUAUUUCACAGUAUGUUUACUGUGUUUUAUUUUACAGUACAAAAACUAGGACUGUAAAUUAAAUUUACAGUAUUUUACUGGCAGCACGAUGCCAGUAAAAUACUGUAAUAUAUUUCACAGUAUCCUGUGAUGUAAUUUACAGUAAUAAAAAAGUACUGUAAAUUAAACCACAGUGAACAUACUGUGACAAUUCUAACUACUGUAAACUCAAAAUAUAUGUUACUGUAAUGUUCCUGUUCAAUUUUCUUCACUGUAAUACAAAACAGUGUAUAACUGUAAACAUCAAUACUGUAUUACUGUUAUCUGAGUUGUUUUCCAAUUACUAUGAAGUCAAAUUACCGUACACAGUUGUAAACAAUGAUAUUCAAAUACCUCACUGUGCUCCCAAAAAUUCCUUAAACAUAUUACACAACAGCUAUCAACAGUUAAAUUACAUUUAUUUUUCAGGAUGCAGAACAUGCAUUGUAACAAACAACCACCUACAUAAAAUCUAUAAAAUGGCUCUGUUGGCCAACGGGCCUAGAACGAAAGCUAAACAAACUCUGGACAUGCCAAAACAUACUAUGCAGACUUCAAACUUGUGACACUCCCUUAAUACUUUUUCUAUUCAAACUCUACAAUUUCCCCAAUGAAAGUGGCCACUCUGCGAUUCAGACCUUUCUUCUUUCUUCUUUCUUUUUGCCUUCUUCCUGGUGCACUUUGAGCCUUCAGGGUUAAUCCUCAGGAAGAACCUGCAAGCAGAAGAAAUAUUCUCAGUGCUUUUGCUACAUCACUGAUAUUCUCAGCCACAGCAAAUGCAAAACAUCGUAGUGGGUGAUGAUAAGCAUGACAUCUAUUAACCACCAUACACACGGACAAUAUAAAUAACUAUAAUGUGUCAUUGUCAUUAAAUGCCCCAUGUCAUGCACAACAUUUUACUUGAACUAUGUACGUGUAAUCUCCUUCCAAAUUGGACCAAUCCUAGAGUUGCAUCAGAUUCCUCAAUGAGAAUACAAUGUGUUAAGUUGUGUGAAUCUAUUACAUAAAAUGGAGAUGUUUUCAUUUUUAUCACAUUAACACUUGUUCUUCCACCUGACAUUGGAAGAGAGAGUUUUACACUUACCAAGUGCCAGCAACCUUGGUGUGCUUGGGAGAGACUGGCUGCUGCAUCUGCUGAGGUGGUUGUCACCUAAAUAACACAAAAGAUCAGACAACAUAAUUUUAUAGUAUUUAACACAAUAAUGUCUUUCUCAUCAGUUAUUCAAUAAAACCAUGGUUUGUUUAUUGACCUGAACAUCUAAUGGCAAGUGUGUAUGAAAGAACAAUGUGAAAACUGUUACUGAUUACAUUAGAGAGAAAAAUAGGCCAUAAUUUAUCCCUAAGUGCAAUAAAUAUUCAGUUGACAAAUAUGUUUAAAAAGCAUCCAUGUUCACAUGUUCAAUGUACUUACAUCAGCCAGAAGAAAGAGUGAAUCCUCUUUUUCUUUGAAGUAGGCCAUUGUGACAAGGAGAGAUGCAACACUAUGGUUGAUGUUGCCCACCUCACUGAUGUCUUUCAGGUCUUGAAAUCCUUUGUCCACCUUGUAAGUUGACUUCGAAAGAAAUAUAGCUGAAGGCCC